UAGGGUGAAGGGCAGCAUGGGUAAUGGGGUUCUGUAUUAUACAAGAUGCUCGCCGGAAUUUCAUUCAGACUCUGGAUCUCUUGGUCUGUUUCCAUGGACACAUCUGUUUCACGCUGAAGAGUUCUAUCUCUUUGAUCAAUAGAAAGAGAUGUUGUGUCCCGCUUUCCCACAGAACCCGGCUCUCCUCCCUUCCCUGCUCCUCUCCCUCCUGCCGCUCCGGAGGAGCAUGUGGCCGACCGUGGCUCUCCUGCUGAUCGGAGGCUCUGCGCUGAUCCAGGUGUCGAUGCAGGGUCCACACCAGCGCACCCUGCUGAGGGAGUUGCUCAAGGACUACAACCGCAUGGAGAGGCCGGUGGCCAACGACUCGCAUACCCUGACCGUGAACUUAUCCAUGAUCCUCGUGCAGAUCAUGGACGUGGACGAGAAGAAUCAGGUCCUCACCACCAACGUCUGGCUGCAGAUGCACUGGUACGAUCACUACCUGCAGUGGAACCAGUCGGCCUAUCCGGGGGUGAAGAACCUGAGGUUCACCACCGACCAGAUAUGGACCCCCGAUAUCCUCCUGUACAACAGUGCAGAUGACAAGUUUGACUCCACAUUUAAGACCAAUGUGAAGGUGAACUCAAACGGCUUUUGCCAGUACCUGCCCCCAGGCAUCUUCAUGAGCACGUGCAACGUGGACGUGCGCUGGUUCCCGUUCGACAUCCAGAAGUGCGAGCUCAAGUUCGGGUCCUGGACCUUCGACGGCUGGCUGCUGGACCUGCAGAUGACCGAUGCUGACAUCUCGGGGUACAUGGCCAACGGGGAGUGGGACCUGGUGGGGGUUCCGGGCAGCCGGAACGAGGUGUUCUACGACUGCUGCAAGGAGCCGUACCCCGACGUGACCUUCACCGUCACCAUCAGGCGCCGCACCCUGUACUACGCCCUCAACCUGCUCAUCCCCUGCGUCCUGCUCUCCUCCAUGACCCUGCUCAUCUUCCUGCUGCCCGCCGACUCGGGGGAGAAGAUCUCUCUGGGAAUCACAGUGCUUCUGUCACUCACUGUAUUCAUGCUGCUGGUUGCUGAGAUUAUGCCGGCCACAUCAGACUCAAUACCGCUAAUUGGCCAGUACUUCGCGAGCAUCAUGAUCAUCGUGGGCAUGUCCGUGAUCGCCACGGUGAUAGUGCUCCAGUACCACCAUCACGACCCCAACGGAGGAAACAUGCCCAAAUGGGUGCAGCUGAUCUUGCUGCAGUGGAUUGCCUGGUUCCUCCGGAUGAAGCGUCCGGGGGAGAGCGACGACCCGGACCGCCCCCCCUGCGCCCCCCACCUGCGCCGCUGCUCCUCCGGCUCCCAGAGCGGGAGCCUCGCCAAUCCCGCCGGGCACCACGCCCCCUUCCAGCCCGGCCACGCCCACCCCGGCCACGCCCACCCGCACGCCCAGCCCAGCGCCAACAACGGCACCCUGCUCUACAUCGGCUUCCAGAACCUGGACGACCCGGUGGCCGACUCCGCCCAGAGGGGCGGCGGCUUCGCCCAGAGGGCGGGGCCCGGGGGCGGGGGCGGGGGCGGGUCCGGGAGCCCCCCGCCCCACCUCCCCUCCCAGUUCUGCAGCCCGCCUCCGCCCGCCCCCAACCUGGAAACCAUGGGCUGUGCCAGCACCGUCUCCGGCGGGUUUGGGCUGGGGGUGCCGGGGGGGCCGGGGGGGCUGGGGGGCGUGGCGCCGGGCUUCCAGGGCGGGACGGGGGACCCGCAGCUGCAGGCCAUCCUGGAGGAGGUGCGCUACGUGGCCGACCGCUUCCGGGAGCAGGACGAGAACGAGGGCGUGGCCGAGCAGUGGAAGUUUGCGGCGGCCGUCAUCGACCGCCUCUGCCUGGUGGCUUUCAGCGUCUUCAACAUCAUCUGCACCAUCUCCAUCCUCAUGUCCGCGCCCAACUUCGUGGAGGCCGUCUCCAAGGACUUCAUCUGAGAGGGAGAGGCGGCGGGUGGGGCUUACUGUUGGGGGGCGAGGCUAGAAAA